AUGGUCGGCACUAGGAAUGUCGCUUCGUUUGGCGUCAAGAGAAGCCAGAGUGACCGCAAUGGUCGUCCGGACCAGCCAGAUGUUGAAAGCGGCUUGAAUGGCAGGAACAAACCAAACUUGUUCAGAUUCAGGGACGCCGCCCGUACCGCUCUGCACGACAGCAGAAGAGAGGAGCUCAAGAAGAAGAUCCUAGAUGGUGUUGAGAGCGUAGACAUCGAGCAUUACAGAAAGUCCGAUGACGAGCUCAAGGAGAUCAAGGACAAGAAGGUCAGAAAGUUCUACCAAGAUCAGAACAAUCGUCUUGACGAUUGGGCCGAAGUCGAUGCUCUGGUCAAGGCAUUGGCCGAUGAUGUUCUGGACAGCAUGAACCCAGACGCAGAUGGUGAUGGUCAACAAGAACGUCAUGGAGGCUUGCAAGAUGCCGGCGGCGCCAUCUGGGAGUUCCUCCCUGACGAUGUCAAGGAAAACAGACAAAAGGCAGAGAAGAAGGCGAAAUGGGCCAUUAACAUCAACGUUAUUGCCAACAUUCUGCUCCUGAUCGCUAAGCUUGCCGCCGCUUUCUACUCGUCUUCCCUCUCCNUGAUCGCCUCGCUGGUCGACUCGGCUCUGGAUUUGCUAUGUACUCUGAUCGUCUGGAGCACCAACAAACUGGUCCAAUGGCGUCUCAAAUCACUUCGAAAGCGCUUCCCUGUUGGACGUCGUCGCCUCGAACCCCUGGGUAUCCUCGUCUUCUCCAUUAUCAUGGUCAUCUCCUUCCUCCAAAUUCUGCAAGAGUCGGUUCAAAAGCUGAUGCCCGAUGCACCCCACAAGGCGAAAGAGCUGCCAGCUAUUGCUAUUGGCGCCAUGCUCGGCACUGUCAUCAUCAAGGGUAUCAUCGGUCUCGGCUGUGUUCGUAUCAAGACGACUCAGGUGCAAGCUCUGGCCCAGGACUGCAAGACCGAUGUCGUCUUCAACACGCUUUCCCUUCUAUUCCCCUUCAUCGGCUACAAAGCAGAUCUGUGGUGGCUGGACCCUGCAGGUGCUGGUGUUCUAUCCCUUUUCAUUAUCUAUGAUUGGGCAGGCACCUGUUUCGAGAACGUUACCAGACUCUCCGGCCAGGCAGCCGAUGAACAGCUGCAAAAGAAGCUGCUGUAUCUCUGUUACCGCUUCUCCCCUGUUGUCGAUGGCUUCAAGAGCAUCACCAGUUACCAUGCCGGCGACGGUAUCUGGGUUGAGAUUGACAUCCUUCUCAACGACCAGGCUAAGCUGCACAGCACCCACGAUAUUGCAGAGACUAUCCAGUACACAUGCGAGGGUUUGACAGAGGUUGACCGAUGCUUUGUCACCUGCGAUUNNGUAAGUACUGCUUCUACUCCAGCUUUCACAAACAGAGCUAACAAUCUCCUCCUAGACACUUCCUCUGGCCCCAGUGGCCACGCCGCCGACUCGGAAAGAGUUUGA